UGACGAUAACAAAGCGUAGGGGGUUAAAUACCUAGCAAGGACCGUUGCCUGUCCACAGUACCAAUUUCUUCAAUAAGUGUCUUUUCUUACUAUUAGCAGUCAUCAUUUCUUUGUUGUAUAGAUCGUCCAAAAGUCUAUCGACAAGAUGGGUUUGACUUCGCAACAGGUUGACAUCAUUAAGGCGACUGUGCCUGUGCUCGAGCAGCAUGGCCUCGCUAUCACAACCACUUUCUACAAGAACAUGCUCGAUGAGCACACGGAGCUCCAUGGAAUGUUCAACACGGCCAACCAGGUGACUCGGCAUCAACAGAAGGCAUUAGCUGGUGCUCUGUACGCAUAUGCUGCCAACAUCGACAACUUGGCGGCACUGAAUGAUACUGUGGAGCUUAUCACCCAAAGGCAUGCAUCUCUGUACAUCAAACCAGAGCACUACAAGAUCGUCGGAACUUAUCUUCUGGCGGCCAUGAAGAUCGUUCUUGGCGAUGCUUUGACGCCAGAGAUCCAUGAUGCUUGGGCUGCCGCCUACUGGCUACUGGCUGAUCUCUUGAUCGAGAAAGAAGCCAGCUUGUACCGUUCUGCUGGCGACUGGAACGACUGGCGCGAGUUCAAGAUCGAAAAGAAGGUCCCCGAGUCGGAUGAGAUCACCUCCUUCUACUUGAAGCCCGUGGAUGGCAAACCUCUGCCAUCUUUCCGCCCGGGACAGUAUAUCUCUGUCAUGGUGGAUGUUCCGGCCCUCAACUACCCUCAGGCCAGACAGUAUUCCCUGAGUGAUAUGCCUCGACCAGACUACUACCGUAUCAGUGUCAAGAAGGAAACGGGAGUCAACCCGUCGAACCCGCAAGCUGCUGGUCACCCCGGCUACAUCUCCAACAUCCUCCAUGAUAUCAAAAAGGAGGGCGAUGUUGUGCUUGUCUCCCACCCUUACGGCGACUUCUACCUCGCAGACUUCGAUGGCGAGAAGGCCACCAGCAAGAAUCCCAUUGUUCUCAUCUCCGCUGGUGUUGGUCUGACCCCGCUGACAUCCAUUCUCAACACGAUCACCUCCAAGUCGGGUCAGACAGACAGGAAGGUUCACUUUGUCCACGGUGUGCGCCGCGGAAGUGCUCGUGCCUUCAAGGAUCACAUUCAGAAUACCGCGAAAGCUCACUCGAAUCUCAAGGUGACAUUCUUCAACAGCCUUCCAUCUUCCACGGAGAAACAGGGUGUUGAUUACCACCAUGCUGAGCGGGUUAACCUGCACAAGUUGGACCGCAACGAUGACUUGUUCCUCGACGACAAGACCACAGAGUACUAUCUCUGUGGACCGGAGAGCUUUAUGACCGCCAUGAAGAAGCAACUGCUGGAGCUUGGCGUCGAGCCAGCUAGAAUCAAGUUGGAGCUCUUCGGCACUGGUGGUGUCCCUGCUUCUUAAAGCGACUUUUUAAUGGUUAUGACGGCGUUUUUGGUCAGAUGGAUUUUUCUACGCCCUAGACGGGUUAGACAGAUAGUUACUACUCCCCUCUUAGAAGAUUAUUUUUCUUAUAAUUAGUUCAUGAGCUUACAUGUCUACAUUUUUCUGUUUCCCAUUUCAUCUUAUCUUAGAGGAGUAAUAUCGAUUUUCAUCAUAAACCAAACACAGCUUCGAGCUUGACAUUAGCAAGAAAUCGCCAAGGAUCUGAUACUACUAUAUCUAUAUAGAUCGUAUAUCGGUUAUGCGAUCUCUCCCAGUCAUCAUCUGCAUUCUGUUGAACGCUAUUGUUUUGAGGCCUUCUUAUUCAUAAAAGCACUUAUUUUGGGCACUGAUACCUACAAGCAAAGCUUGAUUUUCUGACAACAUGGGUUGAAAAGAUGUAUU